AUGUUGGUUACCCAAAUAGACGGGUUGAGCUAUCUCAAGUUCGAUCCCUCGUCAAAGGAUCAAUUCACCCAGAUAUCCGAGAUCAUCGCACAGCACUUACUGGAACCAUACUCUAUAUACGUCUACUGGUAUUUUUUAAAUAAGUGGCCCCAGUACUGUUUUAUAGUGAAGGAUGAAUUGGUUGACCAAGAUAAAAUCAUUGGGGUUAUAAUAUCGAAAUGCGAACCCCAUAACAACGUUAGAAUAAGAGGAUACAUUGGAAUGCUAGUCAUCGAUCCAACUUAUAGAAAUCGGAAAAUUGCUUCUAAUCUAGUUAAUUUGUCAAUUGAAAAAAUGAUUGAAUAUGAUAAUAUCGACGAAAUCAUGUUGGAAACUGAAGUGAUUAAUCUUGGUGCUUUGAAACUAUAUGAAUCCUUAGGGUUCAUGAGAACCAAACGAUUAUACCGUUAUUAUCUUAAUACCCAUGAUGCCUUUAGGCUAAUCUUACCAAUUCUGGAUAAAUCGGGCUGUAGACUAGCCUUCUUGAGUCCGUUAAGUGUGUGA